AUGUUCAAUAAUCUCAAAGGUCUUGUCAAGAAGGAAGGAACAAACAAGAGCUGUCGGUCAGAUUGUGGAAGCACUGAUAGUCGAGUUUCUUAUUCACGGUUCCUAGGCGAGUCAGAGAGAACUGAUGCUGAUAUUGCUUUUGAAAGACGAACAUCAUCCGUACAAUUAAAACCAACUUCAUCAUCAGUUAAAAGUAAUCAUGGGCGCAUUAAUGACAUCACUGAUAGUAACAGUGAUAGUAAUGUCUUUCAAAACAAGUCACCAACAUCAAAAGAAACAGAUAAUGUUAAAUUGUUAAAGUGUACUAAUCCAUUCGGUGAACUGGAUGAUUCUGAUUGUGGUUCUGUUAUGUCGUCAACUUUUUGGUUAUCUACAGAAACAUCUGAUAUUCAAUCACGUUGUCAACGUGUUUAUGAAAUGGCACGUAAUUACAAAAUUAAAUAUCAACAGCUUGUAGAGGCAUAUAAAGUUAUGGAAUCAGAAAGAAAUAAUCUACAACAGUUAUUAGCAUCACAUCAAACAAAAACAUCCAAAUCUGUAGAUGAGAUGUACAAGAAGCUUGAACUAGAUAAACAAACCAAAGAUGAAUUGGAAAGAGAUUUCCGUCAGCUUUUAUCUGAAAAAGAAGAAAUCAUAAAGUCAUUACGAUUGCAGUGUGAUCAACAGAAUAUCAAUAAAUUACGAUCUGAAUUAGCUGAUAGUAAACUAUCUCAAGCAGCAUUACAAGAACAAGUUCAAUGUUUAAAAGCACAAUUUUACAAUAAUUCAAAUACCGAAGAAACUGGCAUACAAAAUGAAUUUUCUAAUAAACUAUCAGUUAGUACAGAGUCAAAUUAUAUUCAUCAUUCCAAUGAAAUAAUCAACAAAAAUAAUGAACAAUCUAAUGAAAUCAAAUCAUUAUCUUGUCAACUAGAAGAAUUAAAUAAAAAAUUAGCUGAUUCUGAAGAUAUCAGAACACGUUUAGACAAAGAAGUUAAUGAAUUAAAAUCAACAUUAGCUUCUGUUAAAUCAGAAAUCAAUACAACAAUAAUAUCUGAUAAUCAAUUAAACAAUCAAUCAAUCAAUUCAGAAUUAAUCAAUUUAAAAUCAUUAAAUUCUGAAUUAACUAUUCAAUUAAAUGAAUAUCAAUUUAAAAUUGAACACCUUGAAUCAAUUCAAAUAGAACAAUUAAAACAAAUUGAUCUUAUGAAAUCUGAAUUAAAUUUAUGUAAAACUAUAAAAGAAGAAAAUAAUCAUUUUAAAAUUUAUUAUGAUAGUUUAUUAAAUCAAAUUAAACAAUUAAAAUUAAAUAUAUUUAAUUUAAAUAAUGAAAAAUUAAUUGAAUUAUAUCCUAUUGAUGAAAAUGAUUCAAUCAAUUUUAAUGAUUUAGAAAAUUUCAAAUUAUUCAUAGAAUUAUUAUUACAUCAUACAUUUAAAACUAUUGACGAAUUAAAACGAAUCCAUCAUAAUGAAAUCAAUAAUUUAUUAAGUCAAUUCAAUGAAUUACAAUCUAAAUGUAAUGAUAAACAAUCGAUUAUCGAUUGUUUACAAUCACAAUUAAUGAUAUCUCAAUCAAAUGAACAAAAACAAUUAUUAUUAAUCGAUGAACUUAAUGAAAAAAUCAAUAAUUUACAAGAUAAUUCUACAAAUGAUCAAAUUCAUAUAGAAGAUUAUUCAAAUUUACAAUUAAAAUAUAAAGAAAUUGAAUUACAAUUGAAUACAAUGCAAAAUCAAUUAAAAUCAACAAAUUUAUUAAAAGAAGAAGAAUUAGAAAAUCAAUUAUCUGAUAAUAAACAAUUCAAUGAAAAAAAUAAACAAAUCAUUGAAUCAUUAACUAAUAAUAAUAAUAAUAAUAAUAAUGAAAAUCAAUAUAUUGAUUUAAAUCAAAUGAUAAUUGAAUUAAAACAAGAUUUAAAUGUAUCUAAUGGAAAAUAUUUACAAUUAUUAGAUGAUUAUAAUAAUUUAAAUGAACAAUUAAUAAAUAAUGAAAAACAAUUACAAAUUAAUGAAAAUAAAUUCAUUGAUAAAUCAUUAAACGAGUUAUUAAUUAUUAAUAAUAAAUUAAAUAAUUAUCAAUUUAAAUUAAAUAAAAAAUAUAAAUCAGAAAUAAAUUUAUUCAAAUAUGAAAUGGAACACAAUCAAUUAUCUUUAAAUAAUCCGCAUUAUUUAGAAAUGGAUGUUUUAUUUAAAGAAAAUAUGAAUUUAUUGAAUGAAAAUAAAUCUCUUCAACAAACAUUGAAUACCACUAAAAAUCAGUUCGAAAGUAUGCAAUCUCAAUUCAUUAAUAAAUGUGCAUCAGAAUCAGUUUAUCAUAAUACAGAACUACAAAAUAUCCAAGCGGAACUUACAGAAGCUCAUAAACGUAUUGAAAAUUUGCAAUGUCAAUUGUACUCAUCAAUUGAACAGAAUACACGUCUUGCAAAGACAAUGGAAGAAGAACAUACUGAUACCUUAUCUGAAUAUCAACAACAUGUAUACGAAUUAAUAAGAUUGUCGAAUGAAGCUUGUGAAUUACUUCUUAAGCAGUCUGAACAAUUUAGUAGUAAAUUAAAUCCUAUCUGGAACAUACUUGAAACUGCUGAUCAGCGGCUCGCAUUGAUCAAUACCAAUGUUGACUCAAUACUUAUGGUAACAGGUAAACGUUUUCAAACCUACACAACUUCCAUCGAACAGUUACAAAACGAGCUGAAAAUUAUAAAAGGUGAUUUAAUUACGCGCAAUGAUGUUGUAAACAACUUAAACAUGGAAUUAGAAAAGAAACAAGAUGAGAUAAAUAACUUACAUUUAACAUUGGAUAAAUACAAUUCAUUCAAUCAAACAAUUCAUAAUUUCAUAUGUAAUGAUCAUCAUCAAUUAUGUCAAAAUUUAAUCAAACUAUGUCAGUCUAAAAUUACUUGGAUAGUAACUGAAAUGAAUGAGUCUAAACAAAACCUGAACAACACCGACAUCGAAAAUAAUAAUAGUAAUAAUAAUAAUGAACAAGACCUGUACAAUGAAUAUAACCAAAUUGAAUUAGAUGCCAGAACUUUAAAUGAAUCGUUUAAUACAAUUGAACAUUUGAUGUUUGCCAAUUUCAAUAGUGAAUGCAAUAUAAACUACUUAGAAUUAUUUUGUAAUUGGUUAAAUUCAGAAUCUUAUACAACGUUGACAGAUAAUCUUUUCAAGAAUUUUCAUAAAUUAGACAUAUUGGAUACACGUUCACAAAUAUUACACAAAGAAUUUAUAAAUAACUUUAAAAAUUCUAUUGUACAUAAUCAUCAAUCCAAUAUAGAUGAACUUCAUAUUCAAUUGGAUUCAUUAAAGAAUCAAUGUAAUGAAUUAAAUAAUCAAUUAAUUCAAUUACAAUUAAAUAAUCAAACAUUAAUAGAUGAUCAAAAGUUAACAGAUGACAAAUUCAAUUCAAUGGAAGUAUCUUUAAUGAAAGCAAAUCAAAUGAUUGAUGAAUUUAAACAAAAUGAAUUAAUUUUAAAAGAGAAUUAUACUAAUCAAUUGAAAUUAUUUGAAGAGAAUCAACAAACAAUCUGUGAUUUAAAUAAACAAUUAGAGUUGAUUACAGAAAAAUCUAAUCGUCUUUCUAAUGAGUUAACAGAAAAAGAAACUGUGCUUAAUAAUACAUUCGAAGAAUCUGAAAAAGUUGUGUCUUCACUAAAUACUAAGUGCGAUCAAUUACAAAAUGAAUUACAGAGAAUACAAUUAGAACAUGCAAAUAUAUUCGAAAACUAUAAAAUUAAACAUACAGAUGAAUUGAACGAUUUAAACAAGAAAUAUGAAAUGGAAAAAUCUCAAUAUAUUGAACAAUUAAAUAUUGAACAUCAAACUGCUUUAAAAAGUGCUGUUGAUAAUGCUAUUUUCAUUAAAGAAAAACAAAUGAAGCAACAGAAUUUAGAACUGAGAAAUCGUUUAAAACAAGUCUUACAAGAGUUAGAAACUAGUAAAAAAUCAUCCACUACUCCAUCACGUCGUGAAAUUGAAUUACAAAAUAUACUACAUGAAACUGAAGAGAAAUUGAAACAAUUACAACUGGAGCAUGCAGAUCAAUGUAAAUCAUUUGAAAAAUUACAAAUAAAAAUUGAGGAAUUAGAAUCAAGGAAUUUGGAAAUUAAUGAUAAUUCUAAAAAGAAUCAACAAGAUUUGUGGGAUCACAAUUGUGAUUCCGUAUCAGAAAUUCACGAAAAGUAUCAAAUGGAAAUAGAAUUAUUAAAAACUGAACAAGCAAAUUAUAUUCAAGAAAUAACAAGAGAAUUUGAACAGAAGUUAUCAACUAAUGAACGUGAAGUGAUCACACGACAAAAUAUUGAAAUUGAUCAAACAUUAACAAAGUUAAAACAAAUGGAACAAAGUCAUUCCGAAAAAUUAGCAUAUUUCGAGGAAACUAUCUCAGACUAUGAUCGUCAGAAUACAAGACUUAAGAAUCGUAUUAUUGAAUUACAAUCGGAGUUAAAACGUUUAACAGAAAAUAAUAAUACCGUUGAAGCUAAAUAUGAACCCAUUAAAGUGGUCGAUACACCUGUUACAACAUCAACCCGACCAAUUGUUUCUCGUCAUGAUGUCGAUGUACAAUGUGAUAUAAAACUCAAUGAAAACAAUUCACUUAUUAACACUACUACCAAUACUAAUAUUUGUAAUCAUGAGAAUGGAACCGUGUCAUCAACUGAAUUAUGUUCUGAAGUAAAUAAUAAUACUCAUCUACAGUCAAAUGAUGAGUGUGAUGAUUGGAUUGAAAAAGUACGUCAAGAAAUACUUCAGUCAGAUUCUAUUGAUUCUUUACACCCAGCAUUGCGCCAAUCUCGAUAUCCUACUUCGGUUCCUAUACGUGAUUAUGAAGCGCUUCAAUUACACAAUACAGAUCUUCAAAAUCAAUUACAACAACUUUCUGCCGAUUUUGAAGCAUUACAAUCUAAAUGUACAGCUGCAUGCAGUAGUGCCAGUAAUAAACAUUCCUUAUUUGAAUCAUUGCAUGUUCAUGCAGUGGAUAGUACAAUUAAACUAAACAAUUCUAGUUUAUCGUUUAAUUCAAUUCCACCUGAUUAUCAACAUGUUUUGCUGACUAGCCCAAGUGAUAAUCGUUUACAUGAGUUAGUUGAAUAUGAAUAUUUGAAAAAUGUUCUCUUCGAGUAUAUGCAAGGACGUGAAACUCAAACAUUGUCAAAAGUUCUAUGCUCGUUAAUGCGUUUCAAUGCAGAUCAAACGCGUAAAGUACUUUCGUAUGAAGAUCAAAAAAGCAAGACAUGGACUAUUCGCACAGUUAUGGAAUGA